GUCCGUCUUUGUAUGUGUCUAGACAUACUAUCGGCCGCCAUGAGCACUCCGAUUCUUCUUUAUUCUCCUCCCCCAUAUUCCACUUCCACUUCCACUCCCACUCCCACUCCACUCCAUCCCAUCCUCCGCUGCCUUCUCUCGUGUGUUAGCAUUUAGGAGAGAUCUUCAGAUCUUCUCGUGUUGGCCCGCCCGGCUCAAUCUCCAUUGCUCCAAUGAGCCCAAGCCCGCUCGUUAGCGUCACCACUACGGGAGAUGGUUCUUCGGCAUAUGUCUAGAGUCAGUCCGGCUUCGGGUCGCCGCAGGCUAAGACCGCUGAUGCUGGCAUUGAUGGUCGUCUGUGGCAUCUACUGGCUUGCAACCUCCUCCAAGUCAUCCUCUCCGUCGUCCAUAUCCUCGACCAGUAUCCGCGCCUCCGCGAACGAGAGACUUUCCGCGCCGAACUCGAGAUCGGCCCAUGAUGGCCAGAAGCUCGGCAUCCAGGUGCCUGUGUCAGCUCCACGGCCCUCCUCACGGGCAACCACUUUGAGGAAGGAUCUGGUCGUGGCUAGCAUGAAGGGGGACAAUACCUCCUGGCUAUAUGAUAGUCUUCCCGAUUGGAAUAAAAAUGUGUAUGUCGUUGAUGACGAAGAUGCCGAAUUGACUGUGGUGAAGAAUAAGGGCCGAGAGUCCAUGGUAUACCUCAGCUACAUUAUCGAUAACUACGACCAUCUACCAGAGUACAUGCUCUUUAUUCACUCCCAACGGUAUCAAUGGCACAAUGACGACCCAUACUAUGACGGUGUCCCGAUGAUCAAUCGGUUCCAGACUCCUUACCUCGAACUGGCCGGAUAUGUCAACCUACGCUGUGCCUGGGUGCUCGGAUGUCCCGAGGAAAUCCACCCGCUGACAGAUAGCGACCUGGAUGUAGUCCAUGCCGGCCCAUAUUACAUGAACGGCUUCAAAGAGCUUUUCCCGGGGGUCAAAGUUCCAGACGCCGUCGGGGUAUCAUGCUGCGCCCAGUUUGGCGUUGCCAAAUGGAAGAUCCUCGAGCGACCGAAGAAAGAUUACCAGCGCUACAAGAAAUGGCUUUUGGAGACGGAAUUGGAUGAUGCAACGAGUGGGAGGAUUAUGGAGUACUCGUGGCAUAGUGAGUGUCGCUUUCUCUAUUUUACAAUUAGCACAAAUAUUAAUACGGUUUCAGUGAUAUUCGGAAUGGAUCCGAUUCAUUGCCCAGACGCUCGGGCAUGUUACUGCAACGUCUGGGGGUUGUGCAACCUCGACUGCUCACAAGAGGAAUGCGAGGAUCGAUAUAUGCUUCCCCCGUUUUCGAAUUUGCCAGAAGGAUGGCCAUAUAUAGGCUGGGACGGAGAACCGCAGGAUCCGACUGAAAGAGACGUUCCUCAGUCGGUUUUUUAUGACUGAUUUGUCGAUUCGACCUGCCGUAGAGCAGCAAUUGACUGCCAUGAGUUGGCAUUCAACAAAAUUGGGAGUAGACAUCAUCCCAUCAUUUGGAUUAUUUGGUGUUUGUUAUAGACUAUUGAUUGCAUUUGAGGCGUUGGGCUUGUGUUAUUGUUCACUUAGCGUUGAAACACGAGUGCGUUAGAUUAGGGAUUGGCAUCUUCGCUGGAUAGAAUUAUAAUCGACAGGGAUUGGAUUACAAAUAUAAUAUAAUAUAAUAGUUAGUUAAACCUACCUGCGAAUAACCAUAUAGAA